AUGCGUCGUUUGUUCGUCGCCGCGGUCGCUGCCGCCGGCCUCGCCGGCACCCUCGCCCAUGACUCACACGUCGUGUCUCGUCGCAAGACCCUCGGCUUUGGCCCUGUCCUCCCAGACGCAGUCUUCCACACCGCCCCCGUCAUCUACGAGAGCGUCCACGGGCCCUCCACCGAGCCUCUCGAGAUUGCCCGUGUCUUUGUUGAAAGCAUCGUCCGCGACAUUCCCGGCAGCUCCUUCCAGGUCCGCGAGGACUCGUACACCGACGACGCGACCGGCGUCACCCACGUCUACGUCCGCCAGUACGUCAACGGCAUCGAAGUUGCCGACGGCGACAUCAACCUGAACAUCAAGGAUGGUUUCGUCCUCUCCUACGGCGACUCCUUCUUCCGUCCCAAGGGUGCCGAGGUCUUCUCCACCUCCGACGACGUCGACCCCCACCGCGAGUACUGCGACGUGCUUUCCCGUCAGUAUGCGGAGGCUCUUCGUCACCUUCUUGACCAUCCGUCCCUUCCCGAGCACCACCCUGACCGCAAGGCGGAACUCCAGCUCCGUUUGCUCAGGAAUUGGCACUGCGACCUCCUCAAUGCCCCCGACUUCUUAGCCGUCCACCCCGACUUGACGGCGCAAUCCGAGGUCGCGGACACGUACACCGAUGUCACCCACGCCCUCCUCCAGUUCAUGGCUCAGGCCACCCCUGACCCGUCCCUCUCUCUUAACAUGCUCGAGGAUCCUACCAAGUACCUCUCCGACAUGCGCGUCGUCUUCCAACACGACCUCGUUGGCAGCGGCGUCGUCCCCAGCUUCACUGUCGAGGGCGUCCCUGACGCCGUCAGCCCUGUCAAGGGUCGCCUCGCGUUCGUUCAGGUCCCCACCGGCGACAGCACCAUCCUCAAGCUCGUCUGGAAGUUCGAGGUCGAGAUGAAGGACAACUGGUAUGAAGCUUCCGUCUCCACCGCGGCGCCCCACCGCGUCAUCCAAGUCGUCGACUGGGCCUCCGAUUCCCCUAUGCCCGUUGCGCCUGUCCCGAAGGACCGCCCGGAGCCGGCGACGUACAACGUCUUCGCCUGGGGCCUUAACGACCCGUCUGAGGGCGGGCGCUCCAUCGAGAAGGAGAACUUCGACUCUCUCGCGUCCCCUGUUGGCUGGCACUCGCUUCCUUUCGCCAACGACCCUCAGGCGGAAAGCAUGCGCCUCCGCAAGGACACGCCCAAGUUCCGCAACACGUCUACGACGUACGGCAACAACGUCUUCGCGCAUGAGGACUGGGAGGGUCGUAACAACUGGGUGAACAACUACCGCCCGGAUGCGGGUUCGGGCAUGGCCUUCGACUACCCUUACAGCCCGAAGAAGACCGAUUCCGAGGAUGCGCUCGACGAGGCGAAGAAGUACAUCAACACCACCAUCGCUCAGCUGUUCUAUACGUCGAACAUGGUCCACGACCUCUACUACCGCUACGGAUUCACCGAGGUUGCUGGCAAUUUCCAGCAGCACAACUUCGGCCGUGGUGGCAAGGAGGGCGACGGUGUCAUCGCCAACGCACAGGAUGGCUCCGGCUACAACAACGCCAACUUCAUGACGCCGCCCGAUGGUCAGAACGGCCGCUGCCGCAUGUACCUCUGGAACACCGCCAACCCGUAUCGCGACGGCGAUCUCGAGGCGGGCAUCGUCAUCCACGAGCUGAGCCACGGUCUGAGCACCCGUCUCACUGGCGGUCCCGCGAACUCGGGCUGCUUGGGCUGGGGCGAGUCUGGUGGUAUGGGUGAGGGCUGGGGCGACUUCCUCGCCACGACCAUCCGCAGCAACGCCACGUACUCCGACUUCCCCAUGGGUGCUUGGGCCGCGAACCAGCAGAAGGGCAUCCGCAACUACCCCUACUCGCUCAACGAGACCGUGAACCCGUCGGUGUACAAGACGCUCGACAAGCCCGGCUACUGGGGCGUGCACGCGAUCGGCGAAGUCUGGGCGCAGAUGCUCUGGGUCGUCUCGAACCGGCUCAUCGCGAAGCACGGCUUCGCGGAGGACCUCUUCCCGCCCAAGCCCCUCGCGGACGGCACGAUCCCGACGGGCGACUUCUACCGGCCCGCGUCGGUGGACGCCUUCGGCGCGCCGGCGCCGCUUGUGCCCAAGCACGGGAACUCGCUCGCGGUGCAGCUCGUGCUCGACGGCAUGAAGCUGCAGCCGUGUCGGCCGUCGUUCUUCGACGCCCGCGACGCGAUCCUCGCCGCGGACAAGACGCUCACCGGCGGCGAGAACUUCUGCGAGAUCUGGGAGGCGUUCGCGAGCCGCGGGCUCGGCGUCGACGCCAAGGUCGAGGGCCGCACGCCGUGGGGCGGAGGAGUGCGCACCAACGGCUACGUCGUCCCCGCGCAGUGCACGUCCGACGCGCCGGCGCCGACCGACCCGACGCCGGGCGAUGGCGACGACGACGACUGGCCGUUGGUCGCGUGGGUCGUCCAGAAGGCGACGUCCUACAUGUGGACGUGGCCGCUCUGA